UCCUCGAGGAGAGAAUUGCGCGCGGGGAUGGCGUUGACUCCGACACGAUGCCGCGGCGGAGGCGGCGAGAACCUCUCGGAGGAAACGGCGAACGAGGACGAGGUGGGGAACGCCGGCAAUUUCGAGCCCCUGAGCGACUCCUGCGGCGAGAGCGACAUGGAGGGCCUCGAUCUCUCCCUGUUCGAGCCCCAGGUAGACACCACUUCCUGGUGCGACUCCCGGAUUCACGCGGGCACUCUUCAUAUCCUGGUCCAUUACUGCGAGGCCGAGUGCUGCGUUGGCGAGGCAACGGGCGAGGCGUGCUGGGAGCCUUGUUACUGCGUCCUCCUCCAGGAUGAACAGACCCUCACGGCUUACAGGAGCGAGGACAUGGCGCUGUUCGCCGGGACCGCCUGUAUGUUCAAGUCUCACAAUAAGUUGGGGGACGCAAUGUUCGUCGAGUUACCACGUGUUCGAUUGGACGGCGGCGCACGUGCUUUUCGACAGCAUUGGGGUUACGAGUCACGACCCCUGGCACCGCCGCCACCAUUGAUCGAAGAAGACGAAGCGGCGGUUGAACCAGAAACGGUCAGCCUACGGGAAGCCAACACCGCGUCUCCGAUAGCGCCGUUGCUAAGAAGGGUUUCCACCCUUCCAAGAAGAGGGUUGCAACAGAGACAUACCUUGGAUCCCGAAUUGUCCUCGUUAAGCGAACACGAUCCCAAUCGUCUUAUCGAGUGUGAGUUAAAGUCCUUGUCCCUGCCAAGAGGAUUCCCGCCGGAAAUAACGGUGAAGGAGGACGACGAAGGUAAAGAGCGGUUUGAUCAAACUCGAUUACUUCUUCUUCUUCUUCUUCUUCGUCUUCUUUUUUUGCGAAACUAAUAAAAUGUUACGUUUGUACUUGGAAUAUGGAAUAUGUAUAUGUGUGCACGUGUAUAGCAACUAUAAUGUAAUUGGGCUUUAUGAAAGGAUACUGUCAUUAACUGCUUUUAACAGUAUUAACACUCUUAUAUGGAACGUUUCAUUUUGCUCGUAUAAAAUUCCCAUAAUGCGAAAUAGUCGUCGAAAAAGGUCAAAUUUAAUUGCAAUUUAAUUCGCUGGCUGUAUUACGAAUAUCUAUAAUGUGACACUU